AUCCACCCACACCCACACCCACACCCACACCCACACCCUUAAAGUUCUUAGCCUGGAUAUGAUUUAAUACUAACAUUUACAGUAUCUCAUUCUAAGAAUAAGACGACUUCAUGAGUCGAUGAUGAUUGCCUCUGAUAUUUUCUGUUGAUCAUCCAGUCAAAUUGAUGUUUUUAUAUGUUUUAUAAGGGUUUUUUGAACGUGUUUGUUACUAUUAACUUUCAGUUCUCGGACAUGUAGAAUUUUCGCCUUUGAUGAUACACAGCUACAAUUAUUUCUAGCACUUUUUGUGCUAAAAACUAUUUAAAACUCUUCUUACUUAUUCAAUAUUAUACCAAGGAAGAUCGCGAAACUCAAUUAAAGAGUUUCAUGGUUCAAAGAGCUGGUCUAAACUAGAAUCGAAUUCAGAGUUUCGUUUAAUGAAAAUGAUGAAGAAUUAAAUUCUGUCCACUUGUAAAAUUAUUGUGUAAAUAAAAGUUAUCAAACCGUAAGAUUAGUAGAAGAUUUUAAGCUAAUUUUGAGAAGUUCUCAUUCGUACAUAUUUGAGAAUGAAGAUACCUUACAUAUCAGCAAGUACUCAAGAUAAUCGCUACUUUCCAUAUAUACGUAGUUAUAACUUUAUUCCAAAAAAAUUCAAAUAUUUCCACAUAAAUUUCUAAAUUUCAGCAUCUACUUGAUUGACGACAUGUUUGAAAGUGUUUCAUUUCAGAACUCAAGUCUAUACUCAUGUGUCAAAGAUUUUCAUAAAACUGAUCUUAAAAUUGAUUCAUGAAUGUUGUUAGUUCAGAAUUGGAAUACUACAUUCUAUUGUUCUCAUGAAAACAAGUCGGAUCAUAAAUUGAAACGUAUACAAUGGAUUGAUGCUAAUUUGUAAAUUUCAUAAUAAUAAACAAUCUGAAACAUUAGUUCGCCUAGUUUGGUCUGCAGGCCAGGCUGAAAAAAGUAGCCUGUUGGCAGCUCUGGUAGGGACAUAUGACAUUAACAUUAGAACGAUCACAUGUGCAAUAGUACAAAUCAAAAUUAUGAUUAAUGAUAUAAAAUAAUCUUUAUGUGAUAAGAAUUCUCGAACAUAAGUCGUUCAAUCUUUGUGUAAAUUCAUUUGACAUCGAAUACUAUAUUUCAACGAAAUUAUUGUACCGAUUGUGUGUGUUGAACAAGACCUUAUUAGGUGUAAAUGGCAACACAAUGUAGAAAUUGUAUUCAUGGAAAAUACAUCAUUGAUUAACUAUAAUAUAUAACUGACUGAAACAAAUGUCAUCAUAAUAAUAGAAAUAAGAACAGCAUACCAAGCAGAUAACGUACACAUCUUAUUUCUUCUCUUAUGUUAUUCAUAACAUAUCUUCAUAUAGAAUCGAAAACAAAUCUUAAGAAAAAAACUCGAUCUUUUCUUGAACGAGCGGUAUCAGCAAGACAUUUGCUUCAUUCAACACUUUAUUUUCAUGAAAAAAUUCUGUCAUAAUAGAUUAUUGUUCAAUCGAUCAAUAAUAUUCAAGCAUUUAAACAAUUAGUUGUUGAAAAAGAAAUUUUCAAAGAACAUUAUUUCUGUAUUGGGUCAAAUAUUUCAGUUUAUUUGACACUUUCCUUACAAAUAUCAUUCGAUCUUGAUUUAAUCUUUAGAGAUGGGGAAAAAAAUCAUUUAUGAUUUUCAAUGGCUUGAAGCUUAUUAUUAUGUAUUUUAACAAGUAUUUAUUCAAUGACAAUUCUUUGUAUGAAAAUAACAUUAUUCCAAACAAUAAGUAAUACUUCUUUCAAAAACUAUUUCGUAUCGAUGAACUUUUCAUAUAUAAAAGAUCAUAAUACGACGACACGGUCAUCUAUAGAUAAAAGAGAGAGAGAUAGAAUGUUAUUUCACAUGUGUGUUAUAUAUAUAUGUUCUUUUUCGUUAUUCGAAAUUAGUGUCAUCGUCAUUUACUAUUUCAGAGAUGGAACGAACAGAAAACGACUGUGUUUAUGUUUCUAACACCAAUAAGAGACAAAAAUUACAAAAUGAAUGUAAGAUUUUUUUUUUGUCUAUAUUAAGUUUUAAUUCUUUGUUUAUUUUUAGUAAUAAGAAACAAGUCAGUUUUUUAAAAUUCGUUUUAUUAUCUAGUUUUGUUUAAUUUAGAUCUUGUUUUGAAAAUUUAGCAAAUGAAAUAAUGUAUGAAAUAUUUCAAUAUCUUGAUGUUUAUCAUGUUUACGAAGGAUUUUUUUAUCUUAAACAACGAUUUCAAAAUAUAGUUGUCAAUACAAAUCUCCUAAUUCAAAUAAAUGUUUCAAUAAUGUCAAAAUCAAAUUUUAAACUUUAUCAUAAAAAUAUGAUUGAACCAAAUAAACAUCGAAUUAAUUAUCUUCGUUUAUCAAAUCCAUUUACUAUUGAUAUUAUGUUCUUUUCAGUACGUAUUAUUUGUGAUUAUAUUCAACUUGAAAGAUUAAUUCUCGAUAAUAUCGAUGUAAAAUAUCUUAAUAACAUUCUCAAACAUUUAACUUUUUUACCAAAAUUACAUUCAUUAGUUCUUACUCCUAUUGAUUAUGUUCAAGAUACAAGUAUCUUUUUUAUUUCUAUAUUUUCUUUGCCUAAAUUAAAAUCUUGUACAUUAACCUAUCGAACGAAAUAUGAUGAACAAGCAAUGCCUAUUUAUAUGACUGAUCAUAAAGAUAGUCCUAUUGAAUAUUUUGUGAUCAAUAAUCGAUUUUCAAUUGAAUCACUUAAUGAUAUAUUUUUUUGUCUUCCAAAAAUUCGUUAUUUAUCAAUUGAUUGUCUUGUUGGAUGUGAUGAUCCAGAAAUUGAUGAAGAUCCUUUUGUAUCAAGAUAUUUAAAUAAUAUUUCUAUUAAACUUGAUUCAAUCAAUUUCAAUCUAUUGCAAAAAUUAAUUAAACGUUUUUUUUAUAAUAUUGAAAUUUUACAUAUUUCAACAAAAUCUGAUCAAACAUAUUUAGAUGCAAGACAAUGGGAAGAAUUAAUUUUAUCAUCAAUGCCUAAUUUACGUACAUUUGAUAUAAGUCAUGAUGGUGGUACAUAUCAUGAUUUAAUAAAUCAAUUUAAUUCAUCAUUUUGGAUUAAAAAACAGUGGUUUUUUACACAUCAACAUGAUUCGCAAGAAACACUUGAUAGUGGCAUUUUUUAUUCAACAAAUCCAUAUAGAAGAAAAACUUAUAGAUUUUAUUGGCAAUUCGAUCAACAAGUUUAUUCAAAUAUGCAAGAAAAGAAUUUAAAUAUAGUUAAACAUGUUCAUAUAUGUAGUAAACAGAUGAUAAUAAAUAAUUAUGUAAAUUAUUUUCCAAAUGCAAAUCAAUUAACAAUUGAACAUUAUUUUAAAACAUGUGAUGAUUCAAUAUCAACAACUCUUAAUUGUAUUCUUCCUUUAAAACAAUUAACUAAAUUAAAUAUAAAAAGUUCAAAUUUUCCUUUUGAACAAAUUAUUAAAUUAAUACAUUUUACACCUAAUUUACAUACAUUAAAAUUAGAUUUUUUAUCUUUAAAUGAAAUAUAUUUAAAAUUAAUUGAACAGAAUGAAAUUUUUCGAUAUGUAUCAAAUACAAAUAAAAUUACAAAUAUAGAUAUUCGAGAAAAAUGUACAUUAGAAAUAUUUCAAUUAAUUAUUUAUUUAUUUUCACAAGUCGAAUAUCUUAAAAUUAGAAUCAAUAAAAAAGAGAUUAAUCAAAUUAUACGAUAUUUAUUUUCAAAAAAUACUGAUAAAAUACGUCGUUUAUUCUUUUUGUGCAUUUCACAAAUACCUAAAGUAUGCCUACCAGAAUUAGAUUUUUUAAUUAAAUCAGAAAACUUACUCAAUGAUUAUUCUAUUAAAUAUAUUAAUCGUGACUUAUAUUUAUGGUGGUAG